CAGAGAUUUGAUGUCUUGGUUUUCAUUCAGUGGACGCUAAGUGGCCUCUUAAACAGCUUGGAUUUAACUGUUGACCGGCUGGCUAGCAGGUGGCGCUUGAGGAAACAGUGAGAGGACUGUGUGGACUGGAGUGCUGCUGCACGCUGAGACACUUGGAGGACUUCUGCAGGAGCCAGCAGCAUGUUGAGGAUGCAGACGUUGUUGCCUCUCCUGGUUCUCUGUGCUGGGAGCUUGGAUGCCUGGUUCUGGUCCCCAGUUCGAGAGGACACCACCCAGGUUCCAGUGCUGACAAUGCCAGCAGGAACCACGGGUGCCAACACGACAGCCAAUGGCACGCUGACGAAGGAAGAAGAGGAGGAUGACAACUUAUCUGGGGUUGGGGAAGAAAUUAUCAACGUGGCGACAGGAAUCCGUAAGUUUGUGGAGGCGUGGGACGCGACCCCGACCCCGACCGCCAGGACUACUAACGGAGGCCGGCCCGAGAAGGUGGAGAGCGCUAUCCGUAACACGACGGAGGAGAGCGGCAUCUCUUUGCUCCAGCUAAUCGGAGACCCUCCACCAGAUGAGAUCACCAAGGCAUACGGGCCGAGGGGGGAGAUCGCCUACGUCUUCACCUCAGCGGCGGUGUCGGGCCAGCCGGCUCUGACCCACGUCCCCAACCCUUUCCACCGCCACUUCUCCCUCCUCUUCCACAUCAAGCCCUCCACUCCCUCCGCCUCCGUGCUCUUCUCCAUCACCGACGGGCCACAGAGGAUCAUGUACAUCGCCGUCAAGCUCAGUGCGGUGCAGUCCGGCCGUCAGAGGGUGCAGUUCUUCUACACCGAGCCCGACUCCGAGGCUUCGUACGAGGCCGCCAGCUUUGACGUGCCGAGCCUGGUGGACACCUGGAGCCGCUUCUCGCUGUCUGUCUUUGAGGAGCAGGUGACUUUCUACCAGGACUGCGACUCUGAGCCACAGGUGGUGAAAUUUGAGCGUUCGCCGGAUCCCAUGGAGCUCGACGGCGGGGCGGGGAUCUUUGUGGGUCAGGCAGGAGGAGCCGACGAUGACAAGUUCCAGGGGGAGAUUGCAGAUCUGAAGGUGGUGGGAAACCAUCGGGCCGCUGAGCGUUUGUGUGACGAUGAGGACGACUCUGACACUGCCUCUGGAGACUUUGGCAGCGGUGAAGGAGACCGGAGACAGACGGGACACUCGGUGAAGACCACACCUGCUUCCUUCCGGCCGGUACCUGAACCCCCUCUGAUCUCCUCAGACAGAACCAGACUCAAAGAAACAGAUGUCAGGCUUCAGCGGCCGGCGGCGGACAACAGCCGGCCCGGAUCACCGGGCCCGAGAGGUCCCGGCGGUGCAAAAGGUGAGAAAGGAGACAGUGGAGAUAAAGGGUUAUCGGGGGACACGGGCCCCGCAGGGCCGAAGGGAGAGUCCGGCUCUGGCUCCUCCGGUUCCUCCUCUCAGGGUGGAGAAGGAGGCCAGAAGGGAGAAAAAGGUGCAAAGGGUAAUUCAGGCUUCGGAUACUCCGGCAAUAAAGGAGACCGCGGGGCUCAGGGGCCUGCUGGGCUCCCUGGUCCUCCCGGGCCUGCAGCUGAGGUGGUUCGACUCGGGGAUGGCUCUGUUGUGCAGCAGGUGUCUGGACCCUCCGGACCUCCUGGACCACCGGGGUCAGGCGGGGCUGCAGGACCCGCAGGAGAUGAUGGAGAACCUGGUGAUCCAGGAGAAGAUGGGAAAGCUGGUCCCGCUGGGCCACCAGGUUUACCAGGAAGUCCCGGAACAUCUGGCGCUAACGGACAGAAGGGUGAGCCUGGAGAGGGUCAGCCAGGACCCAGAGGCCCCCCCGGUCUACCAGGACCUCCUGGACCUGGGACCGGUGACCGCCCAACGUUCUUCGACAUGGAGGGCUCAGGAUUCGCAGAUGUGGACAAAAUCCCGGGUGCCCUUGGUGCUCCGGGCCCCCCAGGGCCUCCUGGCCCUCCUGGCGUUUCAGUGGCACUGGGACCCAACGGCCCAGUCGCUUUCGGACCCCCUGGACCCCCUGGACCACCUGGACAGGAUGGAGUCCCUGGUCUACCAGGUCCUCCUGGUCCUCCUGGUAGAAUAGGUCAACCAGGAUCCGGAGAGAAGGGUGACGGCGGUGAGCUUGGUCUUCCAGGAGCAUCAGGAGAAAAGGAUUCCAACUUUUUCACCGGCCUGUUUUCUUACUUUGCUCCAUCCUCUACGGGUGCUCAGGGGGACCUAGGACUGCCAGGUGCCUCUGGGCAGUCUGGGCUGGCAGGGCUUCCAGGUCCCAUGGGACCAGUUGGACCUGCAGGACCCCCUGGCCCACCAGGGCCACCGAGCCGCUUUGGUCAUAGUAACCAGGAUGAAUACGAGAUAAACAAUGGCUUUCCCGGACUCGAUGGCCCACCUGGACCUCAGGGUCCGUCUGGUAUCGCAGGUCUACCUGGUAGGCCAGGUUUGCCAGGUAAUCAUGGAGACAAAGGAACAGAGGGACCAAGUGGAGCUCCUGGGAUUCCAGGUAUCGGCGGGUUCACAGGACAGCCGGGUGCAAAGGGAGACGGUGGACAGAGAGGAGAGCCGGGUCUGCCAGGGAGAGAUGGAGGGCUUCCUGGACCUCCAGGGCCUCCCGGUCCUCCAGGACAAGCCACCUACCAGACAAGCGAUUAUAAUGACGUUUAUUGGAGCGAAGGGUUGCAGGGAGGGAAUGGUGUUCCUGGUCGAGCAGGAUUCCCAGGACCCUCAGGACCAAAAGGAGACAAGGGAGACUCAGGUCCUCCAGGAUAUGCACCUAAAGGGGAGAAAGGAGAGCCUGGUCUCAUCAUGGGGCCUGAUGGGAGACCUCAGUACAUCGGGGGUCUGGCAGGACGGCCGGGCGAUGGAGGACCCCCUGGCCCUGAGGGACCUACAGGUCCUUCUGGUUCUUCAGGACAGAAGGGAGAGAUUGGGAUACCAGGUAGACCUGGUCGACCGGGGCUGAACGGCGGCAGAGGCGAGAAGGGAGACUCGGGCACUGGAUAUGGAUCAGGUUACGCUGGUCCUCCAGGUCCACCGGGCCCCCCUGGACCUCCAGGACCUGCUGUUACCACAGACCUCAUCGCACCAUUUGAGGAUCAUUCCAGGCAUCACCCAGCUUUUAAAGGAGAGAAAGGUGAUCGAGGACCACCAGGGACACUUGACAUUACAGGUGCCGGAUCAACCGCUGACAUUUACACUUUAAGGAAUGAGUUCAAAGGUGACCCAGGCUUACCGGGCUACAAAGGAGAGAAAGGAGAACCGGCUGGAGGAUAUUACGACCACCGCUACGGAGGGAAUGGAGUCGGAGUCCCAGGAGUGCCUGGACCUCCGGGCCCAAGAGGCGAAUCCAUCAUUGGUCCACCAGGCCCUCAGGGGCCACUUGGUCAACCAGGAAGAGGCUAUGAUGGACAACCUGGACCACCAGGGCCGCCCGGACCUCCGGGAUCCUUACCUGGAGCACACAGGGGCACACAGACCAUCAAUAUUCCUGGACCUCCGGGACCGCCUGGAGUGCCUGGACAACCUGGAUACUCAUCAGGGGUGACGGUGUUGAGGUCUUAUGACACCAUGACAGCCACCGCUAGAAGACAUCCUGAGGGCUCUCUGGUCUACGUCAUAGAACAAACAGAUCUCUACAUACGGGUCCGAGAUGGAGUUCGUCAAGUCCAGCUCGGGAGCUACAUUGCUUUGCCCAGUGAGGACGGUAAUGAGGUAGCAGCCGUGGAGCCCCCACCAGUCGUCCCCUAUUACCCAGACCACCACUCCAACACCGACACCAUUGCACACGACUCCCAAAGGCCACCUGAGAGUCCGGGCCACGGCGACUCUGGGCAUCAGUCGCACCCGGACCCGCAUCACCCGGACCAGCGUCACCCGGACCAGCGUCACCCGGACCAGCGUCACCCGGACCCGCGUCACCCGGACCCGCGUCACCCGGACUCACGUCACCCGGACUCGCGUCACCCGGACCAGCAUCACCCGGACCAGCAUCACCCGGACCAGCAUCAACCAGACCCCAGAUACCCGUCAAACCCUGACCCCAGAUACCCGUCAAACCCUGACCCCAGAUAUCCGACCCACUCUGAUCCCCAACACCAACCUGACACACGAUAUCAGCCGGAUCCACGGUUCCCAGCUCCAACAGAUCCGAGGUUUCCAAGUUACUCCGACCGGAUAAACCAACCAGACGGUAGGUUUUCUGUGAAUACGGCCCAGGAACGUCCCGCCUACCCGGACACUCGUUACCCAGUCACUCCCCAACGAAGACCACCACCUCCUGUGCACGAGACUCCGGUCCACCAUCACACCUCGGGUCCAGGGCUCCACCUCAUCGCCCUGAACAGCCCUCAGACCGGCUCCAUGCGGAGCAUCCGCGGUGCAGACUACAUGUGCUUCACUCAGGCUCAGGCCAUCGGGAUGAAGGGGACUUUCCGGGCCUUCCUGUCCGCCAAACUCCAGGAUCUGCACAGCAUCGUCCGCAAGGCCGACAGGGACCGAAUGCCAAUAGUGAACCUGAAGGACGAGGUUCUGUUUGACAACUGGGACGCUGUCUUCAAUGACGGCAGAAUGAAGGACAACGUGCCGAUCUACUCCUUUGAUGGCAAAGAUGUUCUUAAUGACAGCACAUGGCCAGAGAAGAUGGUGUGGCACGGGUCAACCGGCGCCGGGUUGGGCCACGUCGACAGCUUGUGCGAGAUGUGGCGCGUGGGCAACCGGGCGGUAACCGGCAUGGCGUCGUCGCUGCAGAGCGGCAGUCUGCUCCAGCAGAGCACCAGCAGCUGCUCCAGCUCCUACGUCGUGCUGUGCAUCGAGAACAGCUACGUCAGCCACGCCAAGAGAUAGACGCACACGCGCACACACACACGACACCGGAUGAAGUCGUGCUUUUGUCCACACACACUUUUCUAUCUAUUGUAAAUAAGUAUUUUUUUCUUAUGAAUAAAUAGUUUGUGUGUUAGCCCCUUGUAAUGGUGCUAAACAGGAUCAUCCCACUUAUUGAACCUAAGUUAAGCUCAGAUGACACCCAGUAACACUCCGGCAGCCAUAUUUGUUGUCUGUGAAUGGUUCAUUCAUUUGCUGUUUGUGACUUGUCAGCUAGCAGUCGCUAUAACGUUGAUAUAAAUAUUCAAAUUGGCGUGCUUAGUGCUAGCUAGUAAGGUGUUGAGAUUUAGAGACAAUGUCCUGAUUACUCUGGGUAAUUAACAGAACACACAGACUGAUUUCAUAGGGACUAUUUUCUUUGUAGAAAGUAGUUCCAAAAACUGUUUACAGCGUGGUGAAUGGAUUUACAAAGUAACAGGUCACAGGUGCUGGAUUCCCCCAGUUUGGGCCUCUCGUUUAUGACCAUUCCAUUGAAGUCACAGAGCCAAUGUGCAUGUGUUUUUCCCCCAAAACAUCUGAAAAAGGAAUACGGAAUAUCUCCGUCAAGAUUUGUCACACAACAGCAAACCCUCUCAUUCUUGUCCAUAUGUCCAGAAAGUAAAUUUAUCUGAGAGAGGGAUAUACCACUGUGAUCCUACGUAGAAGUUACGUCUGAACUACCACAAUUAACACAGCACAUUUACAACUCUAGCACCUUUUUAUAUACAGUAUUUGUCGGUGCUGGAGUUGAAAAUGGAGUAAUUGAAAUACUCUGAGUAUCGGUGCAGUCAUCAACACAUUUCAGCAUCCAGGAGCAACAUAAACACUAGUUAUUGUAUAUGAAAUGUAUGUUUUUUUUGAACUUCUUUUAUUUUCCAACACUGAUAUCUGUAACCCAUAACACCCGAGUAAUCGCCUUUUUGUAUUUUUGCAACUGUCUUACUUGGGAAGAUUAUUUCAAAUCUUAUUUUUCAGCAGUAAGAAAUGGAUAUUUAUUUUUUAUAAACCGUGCUAGUACCGUUUCUAGUAUAAUGUGAUGUGAAUACUUUCACAAAGAAUAACAUUUCCAAAUAUAUCCAGCAAAUGUGCAAACCCUACACAAACAUGUGUAAUUGAUAACGGUUUCCUCUGGUACAAAGUUUGUGCACAUAGUCAACAGAUUUAUGUACAGAUAUCUGGAUAGGAUUCAGCCAUAAAUGUUUGUCUACGCACUGUUGCUUUUGAUUUGUUCUGCAGUAAAUGCACUGCAGCUAGCUUACGAACACUGUGGUGAAACAGAUGUCCUCAUUCAUAGGUUUUAAAGUGGAGAAUACAGUGACCUGUUCAUGUGCCAUAACCAAUGCAGUAAGAUUAGUAUUAUUUUCUGUUUUGUUUUCCUUGUGUGAGCAACAUUGUGAAUUCUCAUUGAAUAAACCUGUGUGGAAAUUG